UGGUAAGUUUAAAAAGGGCUCGCACGGUCGCUCUAAAAUCGCGAGUUCUUUUUGGUUGUUGUGGAUAAAUUAAUUAAUGCUGCGGCAGGCGAAAUAGGCUGUGGAUUAUCCAGGAAGGCUUGCCGGUAAGCGCGGCCAUGAAUUUCCCGCUGGCGAGCGCCAACAAGGACACCCUGCGGGCCGCCUGCAAGAAGUGCGGCUACGCCGGUCACCUGACCUACCAAUGCCGCAAUUUUCUCAAGGUGGACCCGAACAAGGAGAUCCUGCUGGACGUGGAGAGCACCAGCUCGGACUCGGAGCUGGACUACCUCACGCCGCUCACCGAGCUGAGGGCCCAGGAGCUGAAGGGCGGCGCCGAGGCACCGCCGCCGCCACUGGAGGCCUCCAAGGAGGCGGCCCGCAGCAAGGACAAGCUGUCCCGGGACAAGCUGAAGCAGCGCGAGCGCAAGAAGAAGAAGGACAAGAAGCGAAGCACCUCCAAACGCAGCCACAAAGACACCGCGAUCAAGGAUAAGGACAAGGACAAGAAGUCCGUGCGGCACAAGAAGCACAGCAAGAACAAGAAGAGCCGCAAGCACAAAAAGUCCAGCAGCGGCGAGCUGGCCAAGACCCAAAAAACCAAAACGGGCAAACGACCCAGCAGCGGCAGCACCGGCAAGAAGUCCAAGCGACGCCGCUCCUCCUCGACCUCCAGCUCGGAAUCGUCGUCGUCCUCCUCGUCAUCCUCCAGCUCGGAUUCGGAAUCGUCGAGCGAUGACGACGACUCCUCCAGCGACUCGUCCGCAUCCGAGUCGGACUCCAGCGACAACGAGGAGUCCAGCACCAGCGAAUCGGACGAGUACGGACGCAAGAAGAAGCGGCAGGGCAAGUACAAGCGCAAGUCCACGGACACGGCCAUGCUGCGCCGCAAGAAGACCAAGGUGAAGCGGAAGCGGCAUCGCGCCGGCGGCUCCGGAGCCCCGACCGCCGGCAGCAGCUACCUGAGCAGCCUCAGCGACAGCAGCACCUACUGAGGGGAUCAGAGCUAGAGAGUCUGGAUCGGAUCAGGAUCAGGACACACAGCUGCCUCCCAAAGCACUCAAAGCUCCGUAACUAGUUCGAUUUCCGUUUAGCCGUAAAAACCGGGGGAGGAGCACCUACACCUGCUCCUCCGCCCUUCUUCCACAGAGACUGCCUCCAGUUCCAGGCCCAAACUUCCCCACAAAACUCUUCCCGGAUUACGUAAAGCAACAUAAUGAACCCUAGACUUGUCCUAGCCCUAAGUUUCAGCACGAUCUGCUGCAAAUACAACAAAUUAGUUUGUACAAGAGGAA